GGAUCGCUUUUUGCACAAAGAAGAGAAAAAAAUUGUUUUUGUUUUUUGCGCACAAUAAACAUUUUACCAAUUUAUUUUUGUUAAAAUCACUUAUAAAGAAACAAUAAAUAAAAUGUGAACAAACUUAAAAUGUUCUACCAAUAAAUAAUUAAAUAAUUUAAAUAAAAAAGACUUGAAAAAAUAUAGUGUUGUUUUGUAUUUAAAUUGGCAACAAUUUUAUAGCCCUCAAAGAAAAAAUACUGACCUCUUAAGAAAUCUGACGAAAAAAAAAUGUUUAUUCAAGAUUUACGGCAAGAUUUUUAUAAUCAAUUGAUUGGCAAAAGAAUUUUAAUUAUUGUCAAUUAUGAUAUCGACGCCAUUUGUGCUAGUAAAAUACUGCAGGCUUUAUUUAAAUAUGACCACAUGCUGUAUUCCGUCGUACCCAUUAUGGGUUUGGCUGGUUUGCAAAGAGCCUACAAUGAACAUCAAGGUGAUGUAAAGUAUGUUUUGUUGAUAAAUUGUGGUGGCUGUGUUGAUAUUGUGGAAUUGCUACAACCCGAAGAAGAUGUAACAUUUUUUAUUUGUGAUGCUCAUCGACCAUUGGAUGUGUGCAAUAUAUACAGUGAUCGACAGGUUUGCAUAUUGGGUGAUUUUUCAUCAGAGGAAAAUAUACCAACAUUCGAAACUAUUUUUUGUAAUUCGGAUUCCGAGGAAGAAGACGAUGGCGAUGAUGAAGAUGAUGAAAUCAACGAUAGUGGAGCUGGAGAUUCAGAUGCUGAAAACGAAGAUGACAACUCGCGACCAGAACGGCCAAAAAAAUUGUCUCGUAUGGAAAAACAUGAACAGCGGAUUAUGAAACAACGUCAAAGACGUGCCUGGGAAAACGAACGCGAUCGCAUAAUGUUCGAAUAUACACAAUAUAGUUUUUAUGGACGCUCCUCGGCUAUAACCAUAUUUGAAUUAGCCUGGAAAUUGUCCAAGGACAAUAUGGAUCUUUUAUGGUGGGCUAUUGUGGGCAUUACCGAACAGUUGAUUUUGGGUAAAAUUGAAAGCAGUGCUUAUACCUUAGAAAUUGAUAAUAUACAAUCACAUGUCUCUCGUUUAACAAAUAAAACUAAUGAUCAAAGCAAUUUGAGUGCUUCGAAGAUACAUUUUGAAAAUGAUUUGCAUUUGGUUUUAUAUCGCCAUUGGAGUGUAUUGGAAUCGAUGCGUUACUCUAUGUAUGUGGCUUGCAAAUUGAAAUUAUGGACUUUGAGAGGUGAGAAGAAAUUGCACGAGUUGUUGGUGGAGAUGGGUUUACCCUUGAUACAUGCUCGACAAACGUUUACUUCCAUGGAUUUGGAGCUGCGUCAAGAAUUCUUUUCUAUGGUAGAACGUUGUGCAGAAAAGUAUGGUAUACCAGAUGUUAUUUAUGGUUCUUUUACCUUACAAUAUGGUUAUCGUAAUCGUUAUUCGGCUGCUGAUUAUGUCUAUUCCAUGUUGUCCAUUUUAGAGUCGGUUAAGACGGACAAAACACCAGAGGAUUGCUUUCUCGAGACCUUAGAUGGUUUGGGACGUAAUCAUAAGGAUAUUUUAAAUGCUGGCAUUGAAGGAGCUAAACUUUUGCAUCAAGCCAUUUUCAAACAAGUACAAAGCAGUUUAGAAGCCCAUCAAGUUCACUCAACUGGUUCGUUUUUCUACUAUAUACUGAAUGAGGAAAACACUUACUUUUCAUAUCCCUAUGGUUUAAGCAUGUUGGCGAAAUUUAUAUUAAACGGUCAUGUAGCGGUCUCACGCAGCCGCCAAGCACCCGAUCUACCCCUAAUAGCCAGCUGUCCCAUAGACGCCGAAAGAGGACUUUGCCUUUUAGUUGGUAUACCGCCCGUACGUGAAGAUUCGCCAAAGAAUUUCUUUGGCAAAGCAUUUGAGCAGGCUGCUCAAAAAUGCAAUGCUGCUACCUUACAGGAUCAUUUUGAAAGUUCUCUUAUACAAAUACGUCAAAAUGAUUUAACACGAUUUUUGGAUGCGUUGACCGUACUGCUUACGUAAUUUUAUAUUUUAUUCUUUAUUUUUUAAGAUAUAUAUAUAUUUUUUUUAUAAAAUUAACAUAAGUAAAAAUUCCACAUGAAAUCUUGAAUCAAAUGUAGGUCAUUUGGAUAUUCUUAAAAAGCUUUUGAUAAGUUUAGAAUGACCAAUUUAACUAUAUAUUUAUAAAAAAUUGUAUUUGUUUAGUUUGUAGUUUAAUUAAAAUACUUAAGGGACCUUUUUUUAAGAAAUUCAUAUUUGUUAUUUGGCUGAAAUUUUUCUCUUCUUUAUAACACGAACCAAAUUUCCAAAUUUUACUUAUUGUUUCUUAUAUGUUUUAGAAUUAAAAGAUUUUAGUUUGUAAUGGAUAUUAUUUGUUAAACAAUUCAAAAAAAUCAACAACAACAAA